AUGGCACACAAGACUUCUGCAGUGGCGGGCGAGGAGCCUGUCGACGUGCUCUUCGCCCUCCAUGACAAGUUCGACCUCAUGGACAUGGCUGGUCCUCUUGAGACGCUCAAAUGGGCACUUCAUGACAAGAACGACCCUAACUCACAAGCUUUCGAGAUCACCAUUGCUGCGGCGGAACCCAAGGUCCUCUCCAGCCAAGGCGUCAUUAUCGGCUCCCAAAUCUCGUGGAAAGAGGCUCAUGAGCGCCUUUCUGACUUCGACAUCCUCGUCAUCGUCGGCGGGAAUUCGGAUGCCAUAAUCAAGGCCAAAGCUGAACCACUUGACCUCAUUACCAAGUUUUCUGAGAUUCAGAAGGAGGAUCCUACCCGGGAGCGCACUAUCAUGUCGGUCUGUACCGGUUCCCUCUUCCUCGCCCAGCAGGGCAUCCUUGCCGGUCUGUCGGCUACUACCCACCCAGACUACAUGACAGCCUUUGAGAACCUUUGCAGCCACGCCGCUGUGAGGAACGUGGCCGAGCGCACCGACGUUAUUGAGGACGCUCGUUAUGUCGUCAACAACCUUCGUUUCGACAUUGGUGACGAGGACGAGAACCCAUAUGUCCACAGCAAGUCCGACGGCCGUCGCCCUUCCAAUGCCCGCAAAGGAAGCAUGUCAUUCAAGAGUGCCAACUCGCGUAGAGAGUCUAUUACAAGGCGUGCAGCAAUGCGCCUGGGUGGUCUUCGUGUCAUCACGUGCGGGGGAGUCAGUGCUGGCGUUGAUGGUGCUUUGUAUCUCAUCAGCGCAAUGGUGUCAGACGAGGCCGCCGACGAAGCUGCCAGGGUGAUGCAGUGGACCUGGACAAAGGGACUUGUCAUUGACGGUCUGGAUGUCUAG